UUGUGGUCGGGUCGGGUGGUGCCUGUGCGGGUGGGCACACAUCUUCGAGCGAUGUUUUUUUAAAAUAAAAGCUCCACACUCCUCCCCGUGUUGAAUCAGCGCACUUAAAUGCAGAAGCGCACUGUGUGCAUUAACGCCAAAGCCAAUGAAUUGUACAUGAGGAAAGCAGCUUCUGAAUACUACACAUGGAACCAGCUGCUCUUUGUGAUUUUGUACCAUGGCGCUAGAGGGGCAGGUAGCUGCAAUUAAAAACAAUCUGCAACUCUAGGUAUAUUAUCAAUGGGCCGAUGAUUGGAUAACAGACACACUUGGUCUUGCGUCCUUUCAAACCUUGCAACAAAAAGAGAUGCUAAAUACCCCGGAAGAUGGAGGACGAGGGUAAGAAUAAAAUUGAUGAGCUUAUCAAUCCAGCAGCACUUUCUAGGCACUAUGUAAUCAGAAGCGGGAGUGCUUGUUUUCUCCAAGCUUGAGAUACCUAAAUACUUUUCUCAUCCCAGUAUUGUGAAACUGUGGAAUGCAAAAGAAGUCCAGUUAAUAGCUGAGGCUAACAACAUCGCUUCUGGAGGAACGGGCUAUUUCAGCCGUCAUGUAACUGCCACUAUUAGUACUUGAUUUGAUGAUCUAGCGGGAUCUUCAUACCGAUCAGUCAGUGGUUUAUUUAUGGGAGAAUCAUGGUUUAUGCUCCACUUUUGACUGCACCUGUGGGAACCACAAAUAACACAAUUAUCACUUAUGAACAUGCCUAUUUCAACUCUACAGCACAUCGUGUAAUUCACAGUGAGAUGGAAGUUUCUGUUACUGAAGCAUCAGCCACUUACAAAGCUUCAGAAGGGAACUCUGAAAAUAGCACUACAGUCCCCUCUCAAUCAGCCCAUGGAGGUAUAAGCCUUCCUCUGCAAGUCCUCCUUUCUGCAGUUAUGGUGGUGAUAGCAUUAAUUUCUUUCUUGGGGAACUUUAUAGUCUGUCUCAUGGUGUAUCAGAAGGCAGCUAUGCGAUCAGCCAUCAAUAUCCUUUUGGCAAGCUUAGCCUUUGCAGACAUGAUGCUUGCAAUAAUAAAUAUGCCGUUUGCUCUGAUCACUAUCAAUACCACUUACUGGAUCUUUGGAGAUAUCUUUUGCAGGGUGUCUGCCAUGUUUUUCUGGCUUUUUGUGAUUGAGGGUGUAGUUAUUUUGCUUAUAAUUAGUAUUGAUCGAUUUCUCAUUAUUGUUCAACGCCAAGACAAACUGAACCCUUAUCGUGCGAAGCUGCUUAUUGCCAUCUCUUGGGGAAUGGCAUUUUGUAUGGCUUUCCCCCUCGCAGUUCGCAGUCCAGAUCUGCCUGUGCCGUCUCGAGCUCCACAGUGUGUUUUUGGGUAUUCCACGGACCCUGGCUAUCGGGUAUAUGUUCUGUUGAUAAUAAUCAUAUUUUUUUUCAUCCCAUUCAUGUUGAUGCUAUACUCUUUUAUGGGUAUCCUCAACACAGUUCGGCACAAUGCAAUUCGGAUCCAUAGUAAUUCGGAUGGCAUUUGUUUAGGCCAAGCAAGUAAGCUUGGGCUUAUAAGCCUGCAGAAACCGUGCCAGCUAAGCAUUGACAUGAGUUUCAAAACUCGUGCCUUCACCACCAUCCUGAUCCUCUUCAUUGUCUUCACUUUUUGCUCUGCACCAUUCACCACAUACAGCCUUGUUUCUACUUUCAAUAAAAGCUUUUACCAUAAAGUUAACUUCUUUGAAAUAAGCACAUGGUUUCUUUGGUUAAGCUACCUCAAAUCUGCACUCAACCCAUUAAUUUACUACUGGAGAAUUAAGAAAUUCCGAGAUGCUUGCUUGGAGCUGAUGCCAAAAACCUUCAAGUUCUUGCCUCAGCUGCCUGGACGCACGAGAAGACGUGUUCGUCCAAGUGCCAUUUAUGUUUGUGGUGAACAUCGAUCUGUUGUUUGAUACACACUUUUUUUUUUAAGUAAAAAAGAAAGGCACUGCCAGCAUAAUAUUGGCCAAUUGUUUUGUGUGGAAUAUAUUUUCCCUAAAUUCUCAUUCCUUACCCAUACAGCCCUAUUAUACAUUUUUGAUUUCUCUGAUGUUCUUCAAACAAUAUCAAUGUUUCUGCAAUGUAAAUUUGAAAAAUAUUGGGUGUGCAAUUUGUAUAUUUUUGGAUACUCUUCCAAUGUCAAACAGGCUGUGCUUCAAAGCUUGUGAAUUGUCGUCUACUGGUUUGGUGCUGCUGAAGUGUUGAAAAUGUGCAAUGCUGUGUUUUGUGUUCUGACCACUAAAUGAAAUUGACCUUUUAUUAAUAAUAGGUAUUAAGCACAAUUGUCCUCUCAGGCAAUCCAUAAGAAACGGUGAGCACUGUAUGCCAAUUGCCUUGUUAAUUUUGUGGGUUGAUGGAUGGGGCUUGGAGAACUAUUGGGAUGGUUUUUAGCUUACUGCUGUACAAUACAGAAUUGAUAUUUGAUUGAAAAUGGUGGUUAAUGGAACAAUAUUUUCAUGCUUUUUUCCAUUGUAACUCAUUAGUUUUUUUUAAACUUUGUUUAAACAGGUUAUCUUACAGAGUUUGAAUGAGUAAUAUGAAUAUAUGAUGCAUGCAGGAUACAAGAGUGGUAUACUCAGGGAAUAAUGAAUUUAUUACUAUGAAUUAGUUGGUGCUUGAUUCUGAUGUGGGUUAACUUUGCUUAAAUAUAUUGUGAAUCUGUAAAUUUCUGUAGUGACCAAUAAAAAUUCUCAUGAAUAGAAUCACUUUAAUGCUAAAAAAUCAAUUUAGAAUGUGUUUAUAUACCUAGGUAAGGAGUUAAAUAUAGUAUUGAACAGAUUUUAAUUUAGCUGUUGAUUUACCAGUUGGUGCUCAAAGAGCCAUGGUUUUAACUAAUUAUUUGAUGUAUUUCAGAAACUCAGAUCACUCUGGUCAGCAGAAAAUUAUAGUCUUUAGAUUCAAGGUGAAGGCAGAACUUUAGAUAUUUUAUCUGUACAUCUGAAUCGCUGAAUGUAAAUUAUUUUGAUAUGUUUUAGUAUUAUGAAUUGCAUUUCUGUAAACGCGGUUGUUUAUUUUUACAAUUAUUUAUGUAAUUUUGUGCCUGUGUUAUGCCUUUGUUUUAUGCAUAAAAUUUCAACCU